UUAAAGUCCCGAUGUAUUCAAUCAAACCUCCCUGCCAUAUCCGUCUUUCCGCAGUUCUUAAUUUUUUCUUUUGAAAUUCGUAGAAGCAACGACAGCGAGGCAUAGCCGCCAAUCGCAUUCUCUCUCUCUCUCUCUCUCUCUCUCUCUCUCAUCAAAAAGAAGCCCGGGGCCUUAUUUGGACAAGAGCAGAUCUGCCGUUGCACCUCUGUCCUUUUACUCUAUCUGUCUGAUCGCAUUGAGGUUGGGGUUUGCAGGAAUAACUCUCUGCCGAUCAUCCGAGUCUACAUUCUCUGGGACAGUCAUCGGGGCUAGGCUUUACAAUCUCAGUGAAGAAACCCUUUUCUUCCUUUGUUUUUCUCUUUCCUAUGUUUGUCUAUGGAUCAAUUUACAGAUCCAUUGGACAAAAUGAAGGAGUAAGUAGGUCAUAGGACUUCUCCUGAGCAAGUCGCUUUGUGGCUUUCAUUUCAUUCUGACUGCUAUUGGGUGGUUUCUUUGGUGGUCAUCAAAUGGCACCCCUUUACUACAUCAUUGUUGCGUUCCCUUGUGCUGUUGGAGCGAUUGCAUUGGCAAUGUUUCAUAUAUACAGACACCUUUUGAAUUACACCGAACCAACUUAUCAGCGCUACAUAGUUCGAAUCAUCUUCAUGGUUCCGGUUCACGCAUUGAUGUCUUUCCUCUCCCUGGUCUUAAAUGAAAGCUCAAUCUACUUUAAUUCAAUCCGUGAAGUGUAUGAAGCUUGGGUCAUCUAUAAUUUUCUUUCACUUUGCCUGGCAUGGGUUGGAGGUCCAGGUGCUGUUGUAGUAAGUUUAAGUGGCCGGGUUCUGAAGCCAUCAUGGUGUCUUAUGACAUGCUGCUUCCCUCCUAUAGCUUUGGAUGGACGUUUUAUACGGAGGUGCAAGCAGGGUGCUCUCCAAUUUGUGAUUCUGAAACCCAUAUUAGUCGCAGUUACGUUUGUACUAUAUGCCAAAGGGAAAUAUGAAGAUGGAAAUUUCAGUGCAAAUCAAGCAUAUCUUUAUGUGACAAUUAUCUAUACGAUAUCAUACUCUAUGGCACUGUAUGCAUUGGCCUUGUUCUACGUGGCAUGCAGAGAUUUGCUUCGGCCAUUCAACCCGGUUCCAAAAUUUAUCAUGAUUAAAUCCGUUGUUUUCCUAACUUACUGGCAGGGUGUCUUGGUUUUUCUUGCUGCCAAGUCUGAACUCAUAAAAAAUGCAGAGGAAGCUGCUGAAUUCCAAAACUUUAUCAUAUGUGUUGAGAUGCUUGUUGCAGCUUUGGGUCACUUCUAUGCAUUUCCGUACAAAGAGUAUGCAGGUGCGAACAUUGGUGCCUCUUCUGGUUUUACAAGAAGCCUUGCUCACGCCUUGAAGUUCAACGACUUUUACCAUGACACAGUCCACCAGUUUGCUCCUACUUAUCAUGAUUACGUGCUUUACAAUAGUAAUGAGGGUGAUGAAGGAACAAGGAAGUACCGAUCACGCACAUUUGUUCCAACUGGCCAUGAAAUGGAUGCAGUGAGAAGAAACAAACACAUAUUUGGUAAUAAAGUUGAUGAUACACUGGUAUCCAGCGUUUCCUCCUCGGACACCAACAGUCCCAAAAUCUCCAACACAGUACAACACUCAAACGAUCCAGAAGUGAUGAAGUCUUCGUUACUUAUGGAUGCUUCAAAUUCUCUUGCACAGCCAUAUGACCUUUCACUGAUUGACAUGGAUCUGUCUAGCUACCCAGAAAAGGUUCCUGCAGUGAAUGACUCCACUACACGAUAACACACAUCGUCAAACCAUUUAGCAGAUCAAGAAGCUUUGGGUGUUCUGUACCUUGUUAAUCAUGCGUUCCAUUUGCGGAAGCAAUACAAGCUUGUCGAGUGCUGAUAUAAUUGCUGCUUAUACCAGAGUGAAUGUUGAUGAUGCUGAUUGCCAGUUUUUUCAAAGCAAGUGUUCUAGCCCUAUCAAUGUAGCUUAUGCAUGCUUCAAUCGGCAUCAUUUUCUUUAGAUCAUCAUGGCUUUGAGGGUAACUGUAUUGCCUUGUGCUUCUUGGUUUUUUUUUUUAAACACACCCUCACACUGUAUUGCCUUGUGCUUCUUGUUAUCUUCACCUUGUGUUAUUCUCUUUUGGAUCUUGUGUUUGAGAGGAAUGUCCUCAUUUGACUACCAUUCCAACUUGCUACCAUCAUGCCCCAAAAAUCGGAUACUGAAAAUUGGGGUCCCUUCACUUUU